AUGCCGCCGAGUUCAGUUGCAGUCACCGUCGUCUGCGAGCCUCGCGACUCGGAGGAGGCAUCGACUCGCAGCAACACCCAAUCGUCGCCCCUGCCUACGACUCAGUCAGACUAUCUCCCACCACGUCGUAAAUCGGCGUCGUCUACAGGCCUGAACAGGCUUCACAGCCAAAAACGAGGGGUCGCCUAUGUGCGCGUGCAAUGGGUUGACCUGGUCAACACCGUAGUACGCUUCCGUAUCCUCCCCGUCUCAUACUUCACCAGACUUUGCGAAACGGCGCGCCCUGAGGUGGGCUUAUCUCAUGUCACGCUGGGACUGGUGGGACUCAACGCGGCCGAGGGGUUUAACGGGACGGGCGAGCAUCUCUAUGUCAUCGACCUGAACAGUUUCCGUCUGUGCCCGUACGCCCCCGGGCAGGCGGUGGUGAUGGGCUGGUUUCAGGAGAAGGCCCCGCUUCCGAACGGCAGUUUGGCCAACCCGCUGUGUCCGCGGACAUUGCUGAAGCACAUCGUCGACGAGGCUCAGGCCAAGGCCGGACUCUUCCUCGCUGGCUUUGAGUCUGAGUUUAUACUCCUGAGCGCGAUAUCUCCCAAGCCCGUAACGGUGGUCGAUGGCGACGACCUGCAGGAGGCAGGGUUUGACUUGCAGAUGAUAGACGCGGAGUCGGCUCCUGGACAGUUCGAAGUUGUCACCGACCCUCUGUCCCCGCUCGAGGCAGCCGACGCAGUUGUGCACACCAGAGAGACCAUCUACAACGUCGCCAGCACGGAUGGCCUCCAUGCUACGUUCGCCCCACAGCUGCACGCCGACAACUGCCGGCGUUACGCGUACGCCUGCUGGGACAUGGACAACAAGGACGCGCCGAUCCGGCUGCGCGGCACGUAG